AUGCAGUUCGACGCCGUCUGGGCUUCCCUCGCGUUUGGCGCCCUCGGCUGCCUCCUGCUGCUCGCUUGCCGCCGUCGUGGCGGCAAGGAUCUUCCAAAGGCGAUGCGCCGGCUGGUGGUCGUGGAGCCCAACGCGGACCUCGCCCUCGCCAGAGUGGUGGUCGAGGAGGAGGCGCCGCUUCCGGUGCUGAAGCGUGGCCAGGUGCUCAUCAAGGUGUGCGCUGCCUCGAUCAACCCGUCCGACUACGGCGCCUGGCGCGCAAGGAGCGCCAAGGGCGAGUACCCGCUGCCGACCGGGCAGGAGUGCAGCGGCGUGGUGGUCGCAACCGGAGGCGGCGUCUCGACGCUCGGGCUCCUGGGCCGGCGCGUCGCCGCCUUCCCCGGCAGCGGCACCUACGCCGACUACUUCUUCAUCAACCCGCUGACGGUUGUGGCGAUGCUGCUGACCGCCAGGGCGAAGCGCGCAAAGGCGAUCAUACACACCGGCGCCUCCUCCGCCCUCGGCCAGAUGCUCUGCAAGGCGGCGCCCGGCUUUGGCGUCGAGGUCGUGCACGUGACCCAUCGGCAGCAGCACGUCGAGAUGCUGCACAGGCUCGGCGCGACGGCGCGUGGCCCGCAGCGCUUGCUGCUCGGCGCUACGCACGUGCUCAACUCGAGUAGCGACUCGUACGGCGCUCAGCUCGACGAGAAGAUCCGGGCGCUGCGCGUCAAGCUCGCCUUUGACUGCGUGGCGGGCGACUCGGCUGGCGCGCUCGUGGCCAAGCUGCCGCCUCGCUCGACCGUCUACGCGUACGGGCGGCUCUCGCGGCUCUCCUCGUCGUACCUGAGCGCGAUCCCCGUCAUCGACCUCAUCUACCGCGGCAAGAAGGUCGAGGGCUUCAUGGUCACCCGCGCCUUCGCCAAGCUCGGGCCGCUCGGCCUGCUCCGGAUGCUGCUCGCGAUGCAGACCAUCAAACGGGAGCUGCAAACGACGUUCGCCACCGAGUUUGCCGACGUGCGGCUCGAGGAGGUGUACGAGCGCGUGGUCGCCAUCGACCCCGAGAGGCCGGGCGCCAAAUCGGCGACGAACCAGAAGCUGCGCGUCGUCUUCGACUAGGGCCAGAGUUAGUUAGUUAGGUAAGCUAAGGUAGAUUUCUC